UCUUUUCGAUGCAAUUGAAAUUUCCAAACAUAUACACUGUAACAGAAUUAGCUCGGCUGCGCAUUCCAACAAAGAAAUGUGAUCUGCUGGAUUUGAUGGGGCAUAUAGACAACCUAUUGUUUGUUGCAUCAUUGUACUGGUGCCAUUGCGUGGCUAACGAGGAUGAUCUGACCUCUCAGCGUUGCGAUAUGACAAGCGCAUGUUUGGAUGCAUCAAAGACGAGCCUGGCGCCAAGAAAACGGUCGUGUAAUUUGACUCCGGACUCCUGACUCCUGAACGUUGGCUGAAUGCCAAAAUCUGUCCUGCUUGUCCCGCCCCCACCUCUUGACGAACUUUGUUACCGUG